AUGCUCUCGAGCCUGGAAGGUGGCCAUUCCCGGGAAGGUGUUGAUGGAGAUUACGACGCGAUCUUUUUGCGGCUUUUGGAGGACGAGGAGUCCUACACUGGGCGUCAACAGCACCGAGGCACAGUGCUACAGGCACCGCCGGCGCUCAGAGCGCGCCUUUCACAGGAGGCGCGCACUGGUGCUGCGCCUCAAACCGAGACCGCUAGGGAACGUUCGGCCUUCGACGUCGACCGCUGGGAAAGUGCAUACGCGGACACGAACAGGGGUCUUUCCUGUACGGAGCAGCGCAAGCCUCCCGAGAACGCGUUGGCGCCACGUGAAGUCGCAGCGAGUGCCGGUAUCUCGACCAAGAGUUCAGAAGCAGACCUUCCCGAGUGGAUCCGACGUGAAAUUUACGUCAGAGAUGGGGAGCUUGUUAUUCUCCGUGACCGACUGGAACGUCAGCAGCGGGAACUGAUUGCCUUAAGAAACGCGCAGGCCGCAACUACAACAGGUUCGCAGCAGCUUGGGCGAGCGCGCGCCCCCAGCUGGACCGCUGACGCCCAAAGGCACACCAGACCGAGCCAGGGUCUGCCCAGUGGAAGCGAGCAGGAAUUUACGAGUGCUGUCGUCCAAAGACUCGCCACGGAAACUGAUCGUUUGAGAGCGCGAUUGGCGUUCCGAGAGCGCGAAAUCUCCCAGUUGCGAGAGUUGCUCGCAAAGGUGGUAUCCUCGCCAGCACAGGGCGUGGCGGAUGGACCAGUGCAUUCGUCGUCGUCGUCGUCGCCGUCGCAAGGGCCACCGCCACCGCCACCGCCACCGUAUACAUGCAAGAGCGCUGUAAAGCGAACCGCGAACGUAUCCGUGGCCCCAACAACGCAUCCGAGUCGGAGUAAGCGGGCUGGUGUCUUUUUCGACGAGAGCCUGCUGUUACUGAACCAACAGUGUGGCGAUUCGCUCGCUUCGCAGCCGCCGAGCCCCAAUGCAGCAGCGUCACAGGCCAGGGUCACCGUCGACUGGCGCCAACACGAACCUGGAGAACCCUCUUCCGCUCCUGCAUUGCAGCAUUCGCGGCCAUGUUCUAGGACAACAAACCUCCAGUACAGUGAUCGUACCCAGAUCUUCACGAUCUUGACGGCUUGCGAGGAUUCAUGGCGCGAACUGCUACGCCAUGCAGCGCCAACAAAUCGCGAGAAUCCCCAGGUGAAGCUCGAUAACUUUUUCGCUCAGCAGAUGCUCGCAUUGCUUCGUACCGAAGCAGACCUCCGGGAAUGUGUGCGGCCGAUUCAACAAGCCAUGCUCAUGAGCUACGCGGCCUGGAAACGCACAGCAGAGCCGUCUCAGGCACUGGACAAGGAAGCACGCUUCGCUGCUGCGCUCACUGUUCUGGAUGCACUCCUGGAGCACAGCACCGCAUUCCGGGAUUACUUUAUGGAUGCGACCAGUCAGGAGCGUGCGGACGGAGCCUACUCUGCCUCGAAUACGAACGGUCUUAUGCUCGAGCAUCUCAUAGAGCUCGUUGUCGAUGAUUCCUCCUGGGUAUUUUGGCAAAAUCACCCAGGUCUGCUGAUCGCAUGCUUCCGCAUCGUGCAUAACCUCCUGCGCGGCUGGUGCGUGCGUGUGCGUGAGCGUACCUCACCGCGGGCGCCAUCUGCAACAUUUCAGGUUCAAAUACGGGUACUCAUCGAAUCCCCCGUUCUUCGACAUAUUUUCGCGGAGCUAACCCCUGAUCAUGCAUCGUUACGCGAAACAGCGUGUGCAGCCUUGGGCUCCGCAUUUGCCGUAGAGAAUGCGCUGCGCAUCUACACCGGAACUGGUUCCGCGGAAGCUCAAUGUUGCGGUUGGCAAGCGGCAGCCGUCCAAAGCGGUAGCAUCUGUCGGGUGCUGCGACUCGUCCAGGACGCGCCGCUGCCGCUCACCCUUGACAUGCUUGGCCUGGUGGAAGCCGUCUUCCUUGGUCCGUGUGCCGAUACCGCACUCGACGAGUGGAUCACACAUGUUCGCCCCGAGGAUCGAUUCGAAGCCCUAGAGGAUUUGGUGAUCGCCUUGGAGCGGCUCUGGAUGCCGCUUCAGGAACUGCAGAUGUUGUUCCAUGAACCAUCGGUUGCCGUCCUUGACGAGCGGUAUCAAGCGUCGCCUAAACGCAGUGGAUCCGCUUUACGAGGAACGCUUAGAAGCGCGCUGGAACGCUGGCAAUGCGUUGCUGCUAUGUCCAUGCCUCGGAGCGACUCUGGAACAGCAACAACAGCAGUGACAAAGAAUAUGCCGCUGCCAGAGCCAUUUCAGUCUGCAACAGUGCAGCAGCUUCAACAUGGCAUCGUUGGCGUUCUGGCGCUGCUUUAUCGCUGGACGCAACCUCUAACCGAACGACCAUCUGAACCGGAUAUCCAGCGCCAGUGGACCAUUUCGGCAGACAAGGAGAACCGAGAGCGCUCCGAGGGCACCUCAGUGAACGCUUCCCAAGUCGGAGAUCGUCCAGCACACGACUGGCCACAUCGACCGGAGCAUCUGCGAGCGUCGGUCAGGGCUCGUCUACGCGAUCUGCUCCGUAGUUUGCGCCUUGCCGCUGCUGAUCAGCAACGCCAGCGUACACCCGCGGCCGACAACAACUCGUCCGCUGACGCAGCAGACGAGAUGGUCGUCCCUUGGAUCCACUGGAGCGAGGCGGCGGACGCCCUCGAGCCCCUGCUCCGGGCGAUAUGGUGUUGGCUGCACCCCGCAGACGCCAGUUCGGCGACGGUUCACGCAAACGCCAAACCUGCAGCCGCGAUGCCUGCAUUGGAAUCGACGUCUCUUGCGCCGUUCCGCUGA